AUGAAUGGCAUGUGGUAGAUCACACCUAUAAUAACCUAGAUUCAGGAAGUAGAAGCAGGAGGAUCAAUUCUACGUCAUCCUUAGUUGUAUAGAGCCAGAUUGAGCUAGAGAUCUGCCACAAACAAACAAACAGAAUAAGAUGGAAGAGGAGAGAGAAAGCUGUGACCUACAGGUCUGUACUCUUUGUGGGGACUCAGCAUCAACAUAAACUCUGAUUAAGGUAUCAGGAUCACAGUGUUUGCUGAACCAGCUGCGUGAAGCCAGAAAUAGUGCCAGAGACCCCAUGGACUAAGAGCAUGCUAUGGAAGGCUAAGCUGAAUUUUGGAAGGAGAUGGUUCCUCUGUGCUCACAGGGAAGGAGCAAGAAAAGAUUGACAGCCAUCAGGUCCACUCAGGAAGUGACAUGUCACAGAGGGUGGAGCAGCCUGAACAAAAAGGAAAUACUUUCCAGGACUGGGCCAGGAGUGGGAAGGUUGUAAAGCACUUAGCUGAAGGCUAAGAGACAAGUGGCAUCUCAAUCCCUGGCAGUGGCUGUGGCUGUGCCCCUAACUGGAAGCGAUAGGAACCAGUGCCCCGAGGCCUGGAGCAUCUUCAGAGCACUUCCUGUACCAGUUCAUCUGGAGCCUCCCCGGGGACCAGGAAGCAGAGGACAGAAAGGAGAACUUGGCAUGUGAACACUGGGCUUUCUAGAAAAACACUGCCCCUCUCCUCUUGGGCUUGGUGUGGGCAGGAGACAUCAGAGCUGAAGAAAUGAUCCCAGGAGUGACGGGAGUGUGGCUGCCUUCAGCUCUGCUCCUCUUGCAGGUCCCAGGCUGUGUCCCUCUGCGUGGCCCCAGCAAGGUGACAGGCACAGUGGGGGAAUCCCUGAGUGUGCGGUGUCAGUACGAGGAGAAAUACAAGGCUAACGACAAAUACUGGUGCAGAGUGUCACUGCUACCACCAUGUAAAGAGAUUGUCAGGACCAGAGCCUCAAAAGAAGCUGGGAAUGGCCGAGUGUCCAUCAGGGACCAUCCAGCCACCCUCACCUUCACAGUGACCUUGGAGAACCUCACCCUGGAGGAUGCAGGCAUCUAUAAAUGUGGGGUGGAAAUACCAUUUAUCAAUGGCUCCUACUGGGAAACCAUUCCCACCUGGGGGAUCGAUGACUCCUUCAAAGUUGUGGUGUCCGUGGUCCCAGGCUCUAGCCACGAGAACAGAGCAAAUACCCUGGGGUCCCCCACAUCCUCACCAGUGCACACUCAGCCCAGCGUGACCACAGAGGACACAACUCCUGGUCCCAGCCUACAACCCCGGUCCCUGCUGAGCAGCAUCUACUUUCAGCUCCUGGUCUUUUUGGAGGUGCCCCUGCUCCUGAUCAUGCUCAGUGCAGUCCUCUGGGUGAACAGGCCUCAGAGGUGCUCUGCGAAGAAGCAGCAUUGUCCAGAUUAGGAGAAUCAGUGAGGUCUGUUGAUAUCAAAGCUCUGUUCAUGUCCCUGGACACUGCUCUUCUGGUGGCAGAGGACAACAAAUAAAACUGUGUUCCUGAGAA